AUGGAUAACGACACAUCAGAGGAUGUACAGCAGUGGGUAUCUACGCCGAUGGCCGAUACCAUGGAUACCCCAUCAGAUUUUGGGUUCCAUUUUAGAGAUCAAGUUACUUCUGGUCACGGCAACCCUGGCCCGGAGGAAUUAUGGACGCAGCGUGUACCACCCGUGGAAGCACAAGAUCCUGAAAAAGAGUUAGAACCCGAGCCUCAGCCUGAACCAGAACCAGAACCAGUGGACGCGCCAGACCCGGAACCUGUAUUGACAGCUAAGCUUCCUGAUCAUCCACUCUAUAGGAACUGGGACAGUCUCGGUUUUAGUUAUAGGAGGAAACGAACGAAAAAGCUAAAGAAGGAAGGGUUGCCUGUGCCUGGUAAGGAUUUCGUAUGGCCUCCUGCGACGCCGGAGCCUAUAGCGGAGGAUCAUGUACGGGUGUCUGAGCCAGAGCCAGAGCCAGAGCCAGAGCCAGAGCCGGAACGAGAGCCAGAGCCGGAACGAGAGCCAGAGCCAGCACUUAACCAAGAGUCAAAGCCAAAACAAGAAAGCCCACAGCCCAUCGAGUUCCCCGCUCAGUCAGAGAGAAACCUCUGCGCCCAGAAUGUAUCCACGGGAUCCAGCGCUCUCCUUUCUUUGCUAUCAAAUAUCCGAGAUAAUGGCGAUUUUUCGGACCUAAAGAUUAAAUGUGGACUGACAAUUUUCAAUGCGCAUUGUUGUAUCGUCUGUCCACAGUCGGGCUCCUUCUAUGAUGCUAUUAAGGGCGGAUCAAAGGAGAUCACAGUUACCGAUCACCCUUUAAUCAUCAAAAAGAUGCUUGACUAUCUCUACCGGGAGGACUAUGACGACGCCGAGCUCGUCCAUGAAGUAAAAGCCCAAAGCUCUCAGGAGCAGGUUAAUGGACACGAUAGUGCCACAAUCCCUACAUAUGCCAAUGCUAUGAUGCAUGUUACUGCUGAUAAAUACGCCAUCAGCGGGCUUAGAGACCUCGCCGAGAAAAAGUUGGUAUCAGAUCUGAUACAUCAGUGGAAUGAUGCGGACUUUAUCCAACUUGUUGAAUAUGUCUAUGAGCUGCCUACUCCUGCAAAUCUAAAGUUGCAGAGUAUUGUAGCGCAAUUUGCAACCCGUCAUAUUCCGACUCUCAAAGAAUCUGACCCGUUUCACAGAGUACUUAAGAGCUUCCCUCAUUUCGCGUAUUUAUUCUCAAGCGAGAUGAUGGAAAGGAUGGUACAGCUAGAGAAGGAGAUUGUACAGGCCUCUCUGGCAGCGAAGCAGUGA